AUGUCGACUUUAACUGCGAGCACCAACGGCAAAGCGCCAGUCGUAGGCCCUGAACGCAGACCGCAUGACGGCCUGGUCCAGGUGCAACCUGCGCGACUGGAGGAUCUGCAGCCGAAAUAUGCGCAGACCAUCAAGCACGAUGAGGACAACCCGGCCGCGCAUGGCUGGUAUGCCUCGAUGAGGCACGCUUCAGUACACGGCUUGGGCGAGUUUAUUGGAUGCCUGGGCUCCAUUCCCUGCUGUUGCUGCUGCCCCAAUCCAUUCAAGCCCGUGAACCAGGGUGAAGUUGGUUUGAUUUCGAAAUUCGGCCGCUUUGAGCGCGCGGUCGAUCCGGGCCUGGUGAAAGUGAAUCCCUUGAGCGAACGUUUAACCACCGUCGAUGUCAAGAUCCAGAUCGUCGAGGUCCCCCGCCAGGUCUGCAUGACCAAGGACAAUGUCACUCUGAACCUGACCUCCGUAAUCUACUACCACGUCAUCUCCCCGCACAAGGCUGCGUUUGGUAUCUCCAAUGUCCGACAAGCGCUUAUCGAGCGCACUCAAACCACGCUUCGCCAAGUAGUGGGCGCUCGCGUUCUGCAGGAUGUGAUCGAGCGUCGGGAAGAAAUCGCGCAGUCGAUCAGCGAGAUCAUCGAGGAUGUCGCGACGGGCUGGGGUGUCCAGGUCGAAUCCAUGUUGAUCAAAGAUAUCAUUUUCAGCAACGACCUGCAGGACUCGCUGUCGAUGGCUGCGCAGUCGAAGCGGAUUGGUGAGAGCAAGGUCAUUGCCGCUCGCGCCGAAGUCGAGUCUGCCAAAUUGAUGCGUCAGGCCGCCGAUAUCCUCUCAUCCGCCCCUGCCAUGCAGAUCCGCUACCUCGAGGCGAUGCAGUCCAUGGCCAAGACGGCCAACAGCAAGGUCAUCUUCUUGCCCGCGCCGAACCAAACCAUUCAGCAGCAGCUGGCCAUGGCCGAGAGCGUUGGCGAGGGCCCCAGCCGGUACAAUAACCCGUCCGAGCAGACCCAGACCCAGAACACCCAGAAUAUCCAGACCAAUGGCGAUGAUGGAUUCCAGCGAGCCAUAAACGCCCGUAUCGUUGAGGACAUUCAAACCUCCACCUUUUCUUUUGUCUUUUGUAUUUAUCUAUUUUCCCACCUGUAUAUGUGUAGAGUACUAAAGUCAACUAAUUAUUACCCAGGUAGGUUACCAGAUAUCGUCUGUUCUCAUCAUAACCAGUCGUCAAUUUAA